CAUAUCCGACGAUUUUCGGUGAACACCAAAUAGUCAACGUAUCAAGCGGAUAAAACAGACAUGUGGCAGAUGCGCAAACUCUCGCCAAGGGUGAGGCUACACGUGAUUUUCGUGUCGGACGAAGAAGGAAAUCAGUACUCGUUUCCGGUAGAACGCGGAAACUUUUCGCUCGAUCUCUUAAGAUUGACAUUUCCAUUAGCUAGAGGUCUAGCGUACCAUGAUGUGUUUCAAGGAAAGAAAGGGGCAACGAAGCUUGUUAAGUUAAAUAAAGGAUCUUUUAUAGAGCCGGAUGGUGGCUGGUUUGCAGAGGGCCGAAAAUAUUUUAUACGUAGAGAACCACGACGACGGUCAAAUAUCUUUGCUGUAGAAAUGUUGAAGAAAUACAGAGCUCUUACUCAAGGGGUUACCCUUUAUUUUGAUCCCGUAGAGGAGCCUACCAAUGUUACAGCAGCGAUUGAUUUUGGCACGAGUUUCUCGGGUUACGCAUACUCGUUCGCUUGGGACCCUUAUACGAUCUACACAAACGAUUGGUCCGGCGAAGGAAUGUCUGCUCCGACGGAAAAAACUCCGACCACAGUAUUGCUAUAUCCAGAUGGAAGAUUUCAUUCAUUUGGAUAUGACGCGGAGGAUGAAUAUGCUCUACUAGUAGAUGGUGAGGUCUUCCACGACUGGUACUAUUUCAGAAACUUCAAAAUGAAACUAUACUCUAAUAAGGACUUGCGCAGAGACAGUGUUCUCCGAGAUACUGACGGCAAACAAUUCAAGGCUCUCACAAUCUUUACAAUGGCCAUCAAUUAUCUACGGAAGAGAUUGAUACAAGACGUGCAGAGUAGAAAUCGCCACGUGCACGCGGGAGAUAUUUCAUGGGUUCUUACAGUGCCUGCUAUUUGGUCUGACGCCGCUAAACAAUUCAUGAGAGAAGCAGCUGUCAAUGCUGGUAUACGGUCAGAAAAUCUAAAGCUCGUUCUAGAACCGGAAGCAGCCUCGUUAUAUUGUAAGACUCUAGAUGAAUCUGAAAUACACGUCAUAAGCGGUACAAAAAGAGACAACCCGCUCGCACGUGGCAAACGUUACAUUUUACUGGAUCUAGGAGGCGGAACCGCUGACAUGUCGGCACACGAGAUUCUCGCGGACGGGAGUCUGAAGGAGAUUCACAGAGCAACUGGUGAUUCCCUUGGUGGUAAUAGCGUCGAUGAAUCAUUUAACAGAACAAUGAGCGAAAUAGUUGGCCCAGAAAACAUGCUUGAUUUCUUCCAGGACUACAGACAAGAUUAUGUUAAUUUCAUGCGGGAUUUUGAAGGGAAGAAAAGAAUGCGACUGAAAGACAUUAGCAAUGUUGUAUUUAAAUUCCCGACAUCACUGGCCAAUAUUGUGCUUGAGAAGUCCAAGAAAACGAUGGAAGAGGCGAUACAAACAAGUCCACAUGCUUCACAGAUUAAAAUAAACGGGGACAAAUUAAUGUUCAGUGGUGAAAUGAUGUAUAAGCUGUUUGAAGGGACUGUUGAUGGUAUAGUAUCAUACAUCAAACAAAUGAAGGCCAACCAGAGACUAGAGACUGUUCACACUAUUGUACUGGCUGGAGGCUUCUCUAAAUGUGACCUCGUUACUGAUGCCAUUAAACAAUCGUUUCCAGAGGAUCUGAUUUUAUGUCCAAGUGACCCUGGGAUAGCUAUACUAAAGGGAGCGGUGUUAAUGGGACAAAGACCAGAGAUUAUAGUUGAACGAGUUGCCCGCUACACGUACGGUGUUAGUUAUGCUAGAAAACCAUUCUACGAAGGCAAGACAACCAAUCAGAAUAAACUGACGUGUUUACUGUCAACAGAACAAGUUUACCUACAAUCACCUAGGAGCAAACAGAGGAGGCUGUAUACAAAAUUGUAUGCUUCCAUCGAGACCCAACCCGGAGUAUGUAAUGAUGACAAUUUCUGUGUUAAGAUAGGGGAAAUUAUUCGCCAUCCACCGGAAGAGGGGAUGGCCAGACGUUAUGCGAUCAAAAAUUGA